AUGGUUAUGUAUCAUAUGUGUGAGUCGGUUAGGGAAACAACAGAACACUUACUAAUGGAAUGCCCUUAUGCUAGGGCGGUCUGGUUUGGGCUAAGUAGAGCUUAUAGAAUAAGUAAUGACCAAAGCCUUCUCGACUUGAUCAAAACUUGGUUUACUAACCCUACAGAUUGGGAAGAAGACAUGAUAGAUUGGGUGGCAGUGGAUAGUAUCAACCAACCAACUAAGAGCACAGAAAGGGAAGUAAGAAGAAAGGAAAAACAACCAUGGACACCACCACCAGAAGGAACAACCAAAAUCAACUAUGAUGCAUCAUUCAAAGAGGGGGAAACUACAACAGGCCCGGAUUUCGUAGACCGCGACCACAGAGGAGCUCUUGGGACAACAACGACUAUAUCAACGGUGGCUGCAUCGGCACUGAUGGCGGAAAGCUUGGCAGCAAAAGAAGCAGUUCAAUGGGCACUCCGGAAUGGGGUGGAAAGGAUAAUACUUGAAGGAGAUAAUCAAGAAAUCAGAGACAACGUGGAGGGGACCAAUUUGAAGAUUGACUGGAAAUGUAAAAACAUAUUGGAAGAAAUCAAGGAACUGGCAAAAGACUUCUCAAAUUUCAAAAUUUCUCUCACAAAAAGAACUGGCAAUGAAGUUGCGGACGCCCUGGCGAAAGAAGGAAGAACAUGA